AUGUCGCUUCGUCGAACAGCAACGCGACGCGGCCCUCCUGGGGCUGCUCCUAAGCAGAAGAAGGGUUAUGAGAAUGUUGAGCAGGGGAUUAAGCAGCUCUAUCCCGAGCCAGACUCGACAAGAAAGACGGACAUGGAUAUUGUUUUUGUGCCGGGUCUGGGAGCUCAUCCUUUGCUGAGCUUCAAAUCGACUACGAGCGAUUUUAAUUGGGCUAGUGAGGAGGGUAUAGCUCGCGACUUUCCAAAUGCUAGAAUUCUUCUGUAUCACAGUGAAUCCUCAUGGACUGGUUCCAUCAAGGUGAAGCAGUUUCUCGGUAAUCUGGCCCAGACUCUGCUCGAAGGAUUGAAGAUGAACAGAGAGAAUAUGGCCUUUCCUCGGCCAAUCACAUUUAUUGGUCACAGUAUGGGCGGACUUGUCAUUGCCAAGGCCAUUUGCAUUGCUGCAACGAGACAAGAUCUCUUCCCAAACAUGUUCGAAGACAUAGCCGGUUGCGCAUUCUUCGGGACACCGUUCAAGGGCGCUGAGGCAGCUUCUUUGGCAUGCAUGCUUUCCUCAGUUGGAGAGAAGCUUGGCCAUGCAACAGCUUCUAAACUCCUUGAGCUGAUGAGACCAGACGACGAAAGCUUGGCCGAGCUUCGGAAGGAGUUUGUCAGACUAGUAAUCAAGACAAACCCCAAAAUCGAGCUAUGUGGUUUCUAUGAAGAACACCCUACGACAAUCAAGGAUCUCUCUGGCAUGCCUCAGUUCUUAUCGGCGCUUAGCAUUCCGAUGCCCAAGAAGUAUGCAGAGUUUGUCACAAGAGAUUCCUCGAUUUUGGAUGGUGUGAUGGAGACGAUGGGCUUAGCUGCGAAUCAUCGAGAUUUGGUCAAGUUUGAUAGCUCCAAGGAUGAACGAUACACACUAGUCCGAGGGCCUUUGAAACGACUUAUCAACGGUUCACAUCUACGAGUCAAGAAUCGACACAAUGCAACACGACGCACCGAUCCAGCGACAGUGAACCUUGCAUUACGAACUCUAGAAGGUGCACCAGUGCAAAGCAAAAGGGAAAGCAUUGCUCAGAAUACAACCACUUCCCCAUGGUUCUCAAAAGAACCAGAGUUUCUGGGCUGGUUGGCCAAACCUAAUGAGGGCGAAGAUACUUCGCUUGUCAAGAAAGAGGAUUGUCUUUGGGUCCGUGGUCGUGAUGGUCGUGGCAAAACAAGCGCUGCCUUAUCGGCUAUCGAAAAGAUUGAAGAGUUGACCAAGGACGAGGAGGUUUACGAAGAGGAAAUUACAGAUGAACCAUACACAGGCUCAUCGCGGAACUAUCUUUCUUACUUCUUCUGCGACAAGACGCCAGAUUAUGGUUCAGCCGAGAGUUUGUUGAAGGCUCUUGUACGCCAACUUAUUGAGAAGCAAGGGCUUCUGGCCACGCACGCCAAGUUUCUGCUUAAGAAGAAAGGUCGAGAAACGCAGCCUCUUUUGACAGUCGAGAAUUUAUGGCAGGUUCUUCAGGAUAUUCUAGCAGACGAUGUAUUUGUUGGGGCCAGGGUAUACUUUGUCAUCAACAAUAUCGAAACCCUCGCACAAGACGCCGUGUCUACAAACACUCUCUUGACCCUGCUCAGCUCGGAAGUUGAACAUGACGGUACCGGGAGACGUCCACUGGUUCGAUGGAUGUUCACCAGUGGCCAAUCUUGGGACAUUGAUCGGGCCUUGAGAAGGGAUACUGUCCGACUAGUUGAUCUUGAGGACGCGAAAUAUGGAGACCAAGUCCAGCUCGAGCUCCGUAGACACGCACAGAACAAGGUUUUGGAGCUGAUCGAGCAUAAGAAGUAUAGCAGAGCUCUUGCAUACUUUGCUAGCAGUGUUAUCGGUAAGCGAGCUCAAAACACGCAGUGGAUUGACAUCACCUGUGAUCACCUCGAGGAGCUUCCUCAGCAUCAAAACGACCUCCAAGUCCGCCGUCUUCUCGAAGUCAUUCCACAAGAAUUAGAUGAUUUGCUCAGUUCUGCAUGGAAGCAAGUGUUUGAUAACAACCGAAGCAAGGCUGGGGAGAUCAAGGAAAUGCUUCGUGUUUUGGUCCUUACUUAUCAAGAUCCAACCGAGGCUGAGCUUGGUCUUCUUGCUGGUCUAGACUCUUCACCAGCCGAAGUGUCAGAGCUGCAUGAUCUGAUUCAGAAGUGUAGACCCUUGAUCGUACUGAAGGACAACGCCCUCCAAGAGAAGACCGUGUGCUUCACCGAGCCGGUGGUCAAGACCCAUCUUCUUGAACAUGCACACAUGUUGCUUGGUCUCACCAGCGAAGACAUCAAGCUACAGCAUGGUAUUUUGGGUUUCCGUGCGUUCAGUCACAUCCUAGAGAUCUUCGACUUCCCGCUUUCUGAUGUCCCUCAUCAAAUAGACGGAGCGAUGGGCGAGGUUGCUGGUACUAUAGAAGCAAGCCCAGACGAUGGGGAGAGUGUUGCCUCAGGGAAAGCAAACUCUGGCGAAGCAGCAGGAAACGAUCAGGAAGUCACCGAGAAAGAGGCUGAAGAAGAAUCCGACAAUGCAUCACAUCAUGACGAUGAAUCUCAGAACGACAACGCCUCCGUUGCCUCGGAAGAGUCAAACGAUGAGGAAGAUGGAGAUGAUGAGAUUGAUGAAGAUCCCGAAGCUCCAUACCUCAAAGACAUAGCUCUGGCCUAUGCAGUUACACAUUGGCUGCCUCACGCCAGCCAAGCGACUGCUGAUAUCGCAGAGGCACUGAGCCUUGAGGAAAAGUUCUGGCAGACGGAUUCCACCAUUCGACGCCGCUGGUUGACUGAACACAAUCGACUUACUAGCUCUUUUGCUUAUUAUUCUCGAGAGAAGCUAACUGGACUUCAUGUUGCUGCUUCGAUCGGAUUUCGAGAUCUAGUUGCUGCUUUGAUGGAUCAUGGCUACGAUGACGAUAAGUUCGCGAUGGAUACUGACUACAAUACUCCGCUCCAUUACGCAGCCGCUUUCGGGCAUGAUGAAAUUGCCGAGGAGCUUCUUGACAGAGGUGCCAACAUCGACGAAGGCAUCAAGGGCAAUCUUAUCACUCCUUUGCACAGAGCAGCAGCUGAAGGAAACGUCAAGGUUAUGAGUAAGCUACUGCAACGGGGAGCGAACCCCAAUGCUAGCUGUGGUGCUUACGGAGGUGUAAUUUGUGCGGCUAUUCAGUCUGGAAACACUGACGCCGUGAAGCUUCUGGUAACUCAUAAUGUCUCGCUCGUCACCCAGGACGAGGAUGAUGAAGAUGAUGCGGCUGAGGCUGAGAAUGGUGAGGGAGAGGAUAAAGACGAGGAAGCCAAAGCCAGUGAUGCGGAUGAGGAGAGUGAUAAGGGCGAAAGUUCAGAGUCAGGUUCAGAUUCCGACUCUGACUCGGAUGAUGAAGAGGAGGAGGUUAUCACAUCACCUUUGGCUCUAGCAGCUAUGAGAGCUGACCUUGCAGUGUUCGAGUUUCUCAUCAAGGAAUACUCUGACAAACUACCUCCAGAAGAGUUCGGCAUCGCCCUCGUCAAAGCAGCAGAAUACGGUCGAUUCGAAGCUUUCUCGCGGCUGUUCCAUGACUUUGAGCACAGUCAGCAGUUCAAACAGGAUGCCCUUGAUGGAGCAUCUUUCGAAAAUCACUGGGCGAUCGUCUCAUUGAUCCUCGAUCACUGCCCCGACUUGAACUGUGACAAAACCUUCCUGCAGACCGCACAGGGAGAAGACGGCGAUGACGAGAUUCGUAUCUUGGAAGCCAUGUGGGAGUAUUCCCAGGGCAAUAUCUCACCUGAGGCGCUGGAUGAGUCCUUGUAUGAAGCUACGGACUUUGAGAACCAGAGAACUGUGGAGUUGCUACUGAGAUAUGGAGCUAACGCGAAUGCAACUGGUGAAGAAUACGGGAAUGCCUUAACAGCAGCUGCCUUUGACGGCACCAUCGAGAUGAUCAAGCUGCUUCUCGACUCUGGUGCCGACAUCAACUCCGCUGACGGAUGGGCCCUCCAAACUGCUGCAGACCAAGGUCAUGUCGAUGUUGUCAACCUUCUCUUGGAGCGUGGUGCUAACGUCAACGCAACCACGACCAAUACCCACAUGCCCAAGUGUACCGCUUUGCAAGCGGCCGUUGAGUCCGGCAGAGGAGAUAUUGUCGAUAUCCUGCUCGAGCAUGGCGCUGAUCCUAACCUUGGAGGAGGCGAGUUUACUCAUCCCAUCAUCGCUGCGGCAAGCAAGGGUGAAGAAGCCAUCUUCAAGAAGCUUUUGGAAGCCAAAGCAGAUGUGACUGUCGUUGGAGGAGAGUAUAACUCGACUCCUCUGACAUACGCGGCGAUUUAUCUUCCGCGAGACUCGAUUAGCCUGUUAUUGGAUGCUGGUGCAGACAUUAACUAUGCUGAUAACGAAGGAGACACAGCGCUUAUCGUCACAGCCUGGGGUGGUGAUCAUGAGUCUGUUCAGUUCCUGCUUGAUCGUGGCGCAGAUGUUUUGAUCAGGAACAAGCAAGGUCUCAAUGCAUUGCAGAAAGCCCUUGGGGAAGGCAGAGAUGAGUGCGUGAAGAUCCUGUCCAACCAUAUCUCAGUCAUCAUGGAGGCAAUCCGGGUCGCGAUGGUUUCUGGCGAUGCUUCCAUCACUGCGGUGAUUCGAGGCGUGCAGAACAAGAAGCAGGAACUCGACUACGAUGACCCCAAACCGGUGCACGAGGAGAGCAGGAGAAGUUCAAUAUAUGAACCAACAUCGCCUGAGGCUCAAACUCAGGGAGCUGGGCCGUCCGUUAGCUUUGCUUCUGAGAAGAUCGUGGUGGAUGAUAUUCCGAGUCACCGUAUCGCUUCACCCAUAACGAGACCAUCUAUCACGCCAUCGGGCCCUUCUUUCAACUCCGUCGCAGACUUAUAUAGUCCUGCUCAGGAUAUCCUCGACUUUAGUCCAAACCCACUGUACAAACGUCAGUCUGAGCUGAUCACCCCAACAAACGAACAGUCAAAAGGACCUAUCAGAAGGAAACCCAUCACGGGUGCUAAGACUCCCAUGUACAGACCAUACCAGCCUGGCGGAGCUGGAGAGAAUGUGCGACACUCGACCCCUCCUGGAUCGUUGGCGAACGCAUUCCAGGCGUAUCAGCCGAUGCAGCAACAGACUCCUCCGCCAGAGAAUCUUGCUUCGCUGUCGCCUCCGGAGACUUACACGCCGCCGAGUCAGACUACGCCUGAGCCUGGCUUCGUGCCCUAUGCGCCGCCUGGACCUGCGAACUAUGGGCAGCCGAAUCAAGAGCCGGUGAGAAAGUCGUCGCGAUCGUCAUUUAUGGGUAUGAAGGUUCCAUGGGCGGAUAACCGGUUUAGCUAG